CCAUUGGCACCCGUCCGCAACUUCAGUGUUCUUCACUUUGUAAUUUGUAUCCGGUUACACAUCGACGAUUACAUAGUCAGAGAUCAGAAAGGGAGGAGGAGAGUGGAGAGAUGGCAGGAGGCCACCACGGAGAGGGCAUCACGUAUAAGGGCUUAACGUUGCAUCAGCCUAAGCGUUGGCAUACGGUCACCGGCAAGGGCAUGUGCGCUGUCAUGUGGUUUUGGAUCCUCUACAGGGCCAAGCAAGAUGGUCCGGUAGUACUGGGUUGGAGACACCCUUGGGAGGGCCAUGGGCAUGACCACUAGGCACUCAUUACAAGAAUGAAGUGGACAGCAUAGAUGGUUCUUUUCAUGCGUUGCUGGUAUGGAUCGUACGUGGAAUGUGUUUGUUAGUUUCUCCUGUUCAAUAAAAAUGACUACUUGAAAAGAUAUGGUAACAGCUGUGAUGGUCAGACUGAUAACUCCAAUUGCAUAAUCCCAAGUUUGUAAUCAUGGAUGCAUGUUUUUUUUUCUACGUUUCUGAAGAUGUGCACCUCUAUUGAGUUUGGAAAAUAAUUUUGCAAUCGCAGACAAAAUUGUUUAAUACUUGAUUUGCUUCAUCCUU